AUGGUUAGCAUCAAGCUUCGUCUGAGUGUCCUCAAUCACACGAAAACAAGCUAUUCGGCAUUUGCGCUAGAAGCAGACAGCUUUUUCCAAGAUUACUCCUUUGGUGUCCUACGAGAUGCCAAUUCAGCCAGGACGGGGCGAUCGAGAAAGUUCUGCUGUCAAGUGUAUCUGAAAGCUCUGCUCUCUGUCUUCAAGGGCAGAACUAGUGGGCGUAAUAAAGAUGCGGCAGUGGAGCGCUGUGAGGUGGAUUUAUACGAGGACUAUGACACGGCUGAAUGCCGACUUAUUAUCAAGAUGAUUUGUGGACUGGGAGUGAUAAAAUCCUACAAACUCACAUAUGAACCGACUACGGCGCAGCAUGCUAUUUUUGACAGGUCCAAAACGAUCAACCUAUGGAGCAUUGAGCCUAGGUUUCUAAGGGAAAUCACCGAUCACUUCAGUCCGUCGGCGGAACAACUAGAUAUCUAUUCCGAAGCUGGGAAGGCUAUCUUUACGAGUUUCACGACGAAAAUAGCAGAGGGGAAAGAGGUUCUCAAGCAACCAGUGCACACCGCGGUGGCUAUUGACAAGAAAGACUUCCAACAAUUCCUAGCCCAAGAUGGUAUACAUCUUGCCAUUAGCCUGAAAGAUUUCAAAGCUGUGAUCGCCCAUGCCGAGACAGCAGGUGCAAUUAUCACUGCCCGAUAUACUCGACCAUCUCGGCCAAUGCAGCUCGCGUACGAUCUCCAGGGCUUGAGGUCUGAAUUCACCCUGAUGACAACGGGCGAUCCGGGCACAGACGAUGCUCCUGGUUCUUCUCGCCCGCCGGAAUUGUCGGCGCGGCAAACACCUGCUCCUAUACAAUCCAACACAUCCCAGCCACGUCCAAGCAAUAGAUCCGCGGACGUGAGACAGAUGCCUCCUCCACCUUCUCGCAGUCGAUCUAUUCGCCCCCUCACGGGUUCUUCUGCCCGCAACACGCAAACGCAGACACAGAACGAGAGCCAGCCGCCAGCCGCAUCGAUCAACUUCGAGAGUCUCUUUGUACCUGCCGAUGACGACGGCCAGUGGGAUGUCCCGAACGAGGAGGAAGAAGCAGAAGAUGUUUUGGGUUGGGACGCAACGGGUGACCAGCAUAUUGAUAGCCUCGGCCAGCGCCUACGGGAUACCCAGCCUAGUAUGCGGCGAGGCGACCAAGCGACAACAAACGAGGAAGAGAUGGGUAUCCCUCCGACACAGCGCAUGUCACAGCUUCAUGGACUUGGUCUUUUUGACUGA